AUGGCCUCCAUGAUUGCCCGCCGCGCCGCUCUCUCGAGCAAGGCCUUCUCCAGCAGAACCUUCACCACCUCUGCCCGCCGCAUGGCCACCGACCCUGCCCUCAAGGACGAGACCAAGCGCAACCCCGAGCUUUACGUGCGUCAUAUCCCGAUCUUGCACGCAAUCGCCUCCGAUGCGCCCAACGAGCAGCAGGUUGCGCAAAAUUGGGCGGAGGCGAUUCUGGGAGGUGUCAUGGUCCUCGCUCUCGGUGGUGCCGGUCUCUACUUUGGCCGCACUCCUACCAAGUCCACAUCCGAGCAGUCCGUCGGCAUUGCCGGUAUGCCCUGGGAGAGCGGCUCCGAGGGCAAGUACACGUACCACCCCGGUGGUGACACCAGCGUCCAGCCCAAGGAUGCUCCCAGCGCUAUCAACGUUGUUGUCAUUCCCGAUGUCAACCUCCCCAAGCACCUGCACGAGAAGUACAACAAAUGGGGCAAGGACGGCUACUAG